AUGAUUAUCUGCUCUGACUCUUGUAUCCCAGUCUCGACGCUCUAUGCUUUCCUCCGAAAUCUGAGUGACUCUCUAGGCACUAUAGUCAUGAAGACCGAACUUGCUCUUAUCUAUGAAAACGAAAGCCCGGAGCAGUAUCUCUCAGCGUCCUCGGACCACGAUGAAAAUGGCAAUCAAUACGAGGCCUUCGGUAGCCAACAAGACGAAAUCGUACGGACGUGGAGACGUCGAGAAAGUAGAAAACAUCAGGAGGCUGCCCUGGAAGCUCAAGACUCCCCUCGAUACGCUCACCGGAGCUCUGGGUCUGCGGCAAUCACUGCUAAUAAACAACUCUUCAAGGACGGCGGAGCCCUUGAUUCGCAAACUGAUUCGCAAGAGUUCAUAGACAGACUAAUGGGGGCACCGGCAUCGCAGCCCAAGACAAACACCGCUCGACGGCGGAGGAGUGUUGAUGUCAAGCCAGCACUAGUGAAAGCCGCCAUGGAUACAGAGUCCGAGAGAGAAGUAGAUGGCCCUACUACCAGUGUAGGGCCACCAGCUGCCGAAACCAGCAAACUCGAGGAGUUGAGAUCGGAGAAUGGUCGACUAUGGGCAGCGUUGGAUGAGAUGCAGAGUCAGCGUGACUGGUAUAAGGUGCGAUCGAAGGGAUGGCGAGAAAGGGCUCAACAAGCGCGAGCUUCUCUAAAUUUUGCCAAAAGCUGUAUUGUAGACGUUCUAGAUACCUUCGACAACACGUUGGCAGAUGAUCAUAACAGGCCACCUCGGCACAGUUGA